AGUGUUGGGUAUAAGGCAACGUGGUGAACAGGACUGCACUGGCAAGAGAGAACGCGGAGAAGAGAGUAGAGCGGUGUUGAACACACAGAGCCGAAGAGAGCAAAGCGGUGAGAAACGUGUGGUAUGGACGAAACGCGAGAGCGUGGUGUAGCGAAGCGAGAGCAAACGAGAGGUAUCCGCGGCUGAAAAGAAACGAAGAGAGAGUUGGAAGUAUAGGCAGCAGCGAAGAUCAGAGAGAGGCGAGUCAGUGUGGAGAGAGAGAGCCAUUCAUCUUGGCGCGCCUAGGCGAGCCGCGAUUGGUCCACCUCGGAUAAGGGAGCGGCGCGAUUGGUCGGCUCUGUUUACCAGCUGGUACCCCAGCGCGCUCGAGGAUCGUAGAAGAGAGGGGGGAACAGAACGGAGAGACAAGCGGCGCCAUUAUUGUAAGGGGUUACAUUUAGCUGGCCGUGGGUUGUAGUACGCGGCGUUCGGGAUAGGGGGCUAUAGUACCUUCAUGCAUGGCCCAUAAAGGAUUCGUCGACUAUCCGAGAAGUACGCAAGAAACGGCUUCUAACACCUGACAGGGGCCACGCUCUUCUCUUCUCUUCUCUCUCCUCGUGCCGUCGCCUCGAUCGCCGUCGCAGCCCAAUUUCCUCACUGGGACCGCUGUGUUGGAUCAGCUGGGUGGGCCCGACCGACGAAAGACCCGCUGCUUUAUUGUCGCUCGUCGUCCCGAUGUGGAAGGAAUCGUAAUUACCAUAAAGGAAUCGUAACGUCAACCCGAAAACCAUACCUGGACAGUGGAUCCUCUUCGGCCCGGUGUGUGAUCGACUGCACCAUCGUUCAAAAGGACACGCGACGGAGGCAAACGAAUGAUCUGGAAACGUUCCGGUGUGCCGUCUACCGUCGCGAGCUAUCCGGUAAUCGCGAUCAUCCGCCUACUAGCGAUAUCCAUCCUUGUCCAUUCGCGUCCGCUAUCGUUUCUGUGAUAAUGUGUAAAGUUGCGUAAGUGACGAUCAAAGUGGGGGUCAAAGGUAACGGAUAAACAAGGGAAAGUAGAAAGACAGGCGGAGGAGGAGAAGGAGGAGGUGGAGGAGGUGGAGGAGGAGGAGGAGGAGAAGAAGAAGAACUAUUACGACGCCGAUUGAGUACGAAAAGUGAGAAAGAAACGACGGGACAUAAAGAGAAAAUAAUCGAAUAAUCGAACAGUAUCGUGUACGUGCGUUGAGUGCAAAGAAAAUUUCCAUCGAUCCUAGAUCGGCAAAUUAUAUUAUUUAGUGAUAUAAGAACGGUGAUCGGCGUGGAAGAGUGUGCGUGAAGAUGAAGCAGCCGCUGGCAGAUUUGCCGGCACGGUGUCGGUGUUGAGACACUGGACCCGGUCUCUGUGUCCGGGCGUGUCUUCGGCAUCGAGUCCGAAAUCGGCACCGGCUACAGCCGAUAUGAGUUCGAAAUUCAUAAUCGAUAGUAUGCUACCUAAGUACCACCAACAGUUCCAUCAUCAACAGUUGUUCUCGAACGCGAACCCCGGCACGAUCCAGGCGUGUACGACAAGUCCGGCCACCGCAAGUUUAGAAUCGAGUUUAUCCGCGGCUGCAGUCGCGGCCGCGGCAGUGAAUUACGCGCAACAGCACAAUUCUCCUAGCCCGACGGGCUCGAGUCCACAGCACUCAGGAAGUUCAGCCUCUACGUCACCGGCUGCACGUACCACCUCUAGCAUGUAUCCAUACGUAUCGGCGGCAGCGGCGCACCAUCAUCAUCAGCAACAAGCGGUAGCGGCAGCGGCCUUCGGUGCCACGUCCAGCAUGGUGCCAGGCUUCGGUUCGACCGCGGCUUCGAGCGCCGCGUUGGCCGCGGCCGCGGCUGUCGACGCCGCCACCGCCGGUGACAAAUCUUGCCGUUAUACCGCCAGUCUUACCGGAAAUGUCGCACCAACGUCCGCCGAUCCCAUGGUAAAUUAUACCCUUGGUCAUCAUCAUCAGAACGGCGCUACACCUGGUAGCCUCGUCUCGUCCGCGUCAGCCUCGUCGGCAGUUUCCGCUGCGUCCGCCUCCAUGGCUGCAGCUGCACAAUUCUAUCAUCAGGCCGCCGCUGCAUCGGCUGUCGUUGAUCCUUUGACAUCAUGCCAACAACCUACCACCGGACAACCCGGCAUCUCGGAGAUACCACGAUAUCCAUGGAUGUCAAUCACCGAUUGGAUGAGCCCGUUCGACAGAGUCGUGUGCGGCAAAUCUGCGUUUUUGACGUUUCCAGGGCCGAACGGUUGUCCGAGGCGUAGGGGUCGACAGACGUACACACGGUUCCAGACGCUGGAGUUGGAGAAGGAAUUUCAUUUCAACCAUUACCUGACGCGACGGCGACGAAUAGAAAUUGCGCACGCCCUUUGCCUCACGGAACGACAGAUCAAGAUCUGGUUCCAAAAUCGGCGGAUGAAGCUGAAGAAGGAGUUGAGGGCGGUGAAAGAGAUCAACGAGCAGGCCAGGCGGGAACGGGAGGAACAGGACAUGAUGAAGAAGCAGCAGGCUGAGAAGCAAGCGAAGAUACAGCAGGAGCAGCAGAACGCCGCGCUGCAGCAUCAGCAGCAACAUCACGUGAGCGGUCUCGACAAGACGCAGAGCGAUCUUCUGAAGGCGGUCAGUAAGGUGCCCACAUAGGAGACUUUGCUAAGCCGGUUGUCUUUCUUUUAAAGAAGAAACAAGAGACUGGACGCAGCAGCCUAGACGCAUACAUCGAAGCGAAGUAGCUGAUAAGAGGUUGGCCAAACGUGUAGAGAGAGAGAGAGAGAGAGAAAAAAAAGAAGAAGAAUCGAACUAACGCGGGCAAGCACGAAAAAUGCGCCUCUUCUUGCUCUUCCGGCGUGAACCGACUAGGACACGAAGGCCUGUCUCUUCGGGGCUUCUUUUUCCUCCCGCUCUCUUGACUGAGAAGAAGGUGUUCUCGCGUACUUUACGUAGUACGCGUACUACGAAGACUUUAUCGAGUGAUCUCUGUUCUCUUGUUUUCGUAUCGAGUUUAAAGAGAAGAAAGGGAAACGAAGAGGAAACGCAGUAGAGGACGGUUUUACGAAGGCGAACGAUUACGACUCGGAGUAACGACAAUAGUGCACCGUGUUGUGCCAUUGCCCCUCUCCGAUGAGACUCGGUGUCGAUAAGAGGCAGAGACUCGGGGAUUGCAAAGGUUGUGGAGGAAACGAGGGAACCGAGAGAGAAAAGCGCGCAACGAUGUUUGAAGUUGUCUGUCUCUUUUGUUUUUUACGGAAGAAGAAAGGAACGAAGGAGAAAUAGGAUGCGGAAGAAGUAAUCGUAGUCGUUAGAAAACAGAGAGAGAGAGAGAGAGGAGCGUAGUAGAAAAGCGAAGCGUAUAAAAGAAGCGAGAAGCACACCCUCAAAAAAAAGAAAAAACGGAAAAAGAUAUUAAAAAAAAAAGAAAAAAAAAAACACUACGUACUUAUUUGGCUGGGCCAAAAGGAAGGACCUAGCCUGUGACUGAUUCCUAGAGCGUAUAAUGUAAUAAUUGUUAAUCGGGCGCGACGAGUCAUCGCGAUUGCCGGGUGAUGAACAGCGGGGAUGAUCAGUUGGCGUGAUAACUGCCACACAGACUACACGAGGAGCCAACGAUCGCGCGUCGGAAACCGACGAACUAGAAUUAGCUUGAACGAGGAGAGGCCGAAGGAUUAACGCCGCCCUGCCGUAUAACAGAAGAUCCCGUGUACGGCAGCGCCGACGAGACGAUCAAUUAAUACCGACGGAGGAGUGGUAGGGAGUAAUUAAACGAGGCUGUCGAAGAAUUCGUCUAAUUCCGCUGAACGAUCAAAACGGAGAAAAAAAAAAAAGAAAAAGGGAGACACGAAACUCGUUGCUCUCCACCAUGCCAAGGAACAUGGACGAUCGCGGGCCUGACCUUUCAAAUUUCUCUAUUUCAAGUUCGAUCGAUUAUUCUAAUUAUCUCUCGUUCACCAUACGACAGUUACCAACAUUGAUCAUCGCGAUAUCUUUUCUUCGCGUCUACGUAUCGGAACGUCUACGUAUAUCCGCCAGCUUUCUCCGAAAUAUCCUGAUCAAAGUUUAGUUGGUCGAAGAGAGUUUCUCUAUUGCCGAUAGAAGGAUAUGGCAAGAAGAUGAGUGAAAAUCGAAUCUCACGGUAUACGCGUAGAUUCGAUAUAGCUUGUUCUUCGGGGAUGAACCGAUAACGCCGGGGUAACUCGCGUUACGAUUGGUCUCGCGCGAGUGAAUGAGCGGCGGAAAGGAUGGCAAACGGAUCGUACCAGAGAACUCUCGACGCCCUCGUUAAAACAUAACAUACCUAUCGUGCGAUUGCGGACUUUGAAUACCUCAGAUACCUUCUUCGGAUACCGCGCUUCUUACCGAUUAUAACGAAACUAGUGGCGCAUGCAUUCGACCGUAUGCGCACAAGCAAUUUCGUGCCGCUGGCCGACUUCUUUCCACGAGAGAGGAAUUUAGUGGUACAAAUCGAUGCCAUUUGCUGAGCUCCUUUUCCAGAGUUAAUUAACCGUGGUUUACGCUCGUGAUUGCCUCUUCGAGACUUCGCGUUGUAAUUAGGUAAAUUAACGUCGCUCCCGAUAAUAUUUCUGCCAUUUCUGACGUCCGUGCCGACUACGCCAGAUCUGCUCUCGCUGACGCAAAUAUCCUUUAACCGUUCUAACCGAACCCGUUGCGAAUCGGUGUUUCCUUCAGUUUUUCGUUUCUCUUUUUUCCUUCUAGACAUUCUUUUCAUACGUUUCUCCGACCCGGAUCGGCCAUGUUCUCUCGCGAAACGUUGAAAAAGAUCGGCGUUGGAACGCGUCGUUGCUUCGAUUGGUAUUCCUUCAACGAUAAAUUCUCUCUUUUCUAAAACUGAAUGUCCGUCGGUUCCUCUCGAUUAGUACCAGGUAUUAGUCGAGAGGAAGCCCGAGGCGUGGAAAUUUAUUUUUUUACGAGGAAAUUUGACGAAACCACGAUGAGCGAUGAAGCGUUGCACGAAGAUGUUAGGAAACUACAUCCGAAACUACAUGGGGAAAGAUCAUCAUCAAUCAGACAGAAAACGAGAUUAUUCUUCUCCACGUAUUUUUUCGAUCUCUCGAUAACGAUGUUUUAAACUAUCUCGAUGAACGAACGUUUCAAACGUUCGAGAACGCCGUUCAUUCCGAUAAACCCGACCAGUACGACCGUGUUUCGAAUAAAAAAUUGAAACGUUUCAGGUAGUAGUCAAUUUCGGGAGGGGCUGACUCGUCGAUGAGCAUUCACAUUCAUUUAUCGCUUCAGUUAGAUCUCAGAUGAUAUCGCGCAAGGUAUCGCUAAGGCUUUUACUAAUGCAAGAUAACUUGUAUAAAAGCAACACGUUUUCCAUAUUAUCUAAGAUAAUUUAUCGUUACGCUAUUGGCGAGGAUCAUUGUUUAAUUGGGUCGCGGUCACGAUCCAUGACCGAUCCCGCGACCAUUUCGAACGCCACGUUCUUCUAAGAGAAAUUUAUUUUCCAACUACGAUUGUUUUUUUCUUUCUUUCUUCUUUUCAUACUUCUUCCUUCUUAAUAACGUUAUUCGCUCAUUUCGCGUUGACACAUGUUAAUUUUUGUCUGUUAAUUUUACGUAGUGUUAUCAUAGUUAUAUCGAGCAUAUUAUAUAUAUAGCCGUGUUAAUUCGAGUAUCGAAAUCGUUAAAAAUGAACAGAUGAUUAUUUCGUUCUGUUCCUUCCAUCUUUUUCCUUCUUUUUUUUUUUCUUGUUCAAUACUUUUCAUCGAUUUGUUAUUUCCAUGUCCGAGUAUCUCUGUGUUACACUUUCGCGUCCAGCAUCACGGGACAGCAACGUGCUUCCGCGGACGAUAAUCGAACGCACGAGUGGCCGUAGUAAAAAGGAAAAGGGGCGAGAAAAUCGGGAAAAAAGAGAAGAAAACGGGAGUACACUAGAGAGAGAGAGAGAACAAACUUCUAAAUACACGCAAGAGAUUUUUACGCAAACAAAGACACAUCACCGGACGAGUAUCUCACUCUUAGUACAUUAAAUACGUAAUUUGGUGUCAGGGUAGACCUUUUUCCAUAGAUAUAGAAGCCGUUGUUGCUAUUUACUUACGUAGAAUUCGUAACGAUGAAGAGGACUAGUAAGGGAAACCGAGAAAGAAAUGCCGAUCUUUCAGAUUAUAUAAAUUAUUACCUAAUUAUUUUUUUCCCCUCCCCGUUAAUGUCGAUCCGUACAAAAUAAUUCCUCCGCCAUAUUCGACGAUUAUCCAUUCGGAUGCCGAUCGGUUUUUAAUAUUAUUUAUCGCGAAACAAUAUAGAAUGUAUCGUCGAUGUCAUUUGGUCUUCCGUAAGUUAAUAUUCUUGAGACUUGCGCGUCGAAAAUUUCUCGUUCCUGUCGAACGUCUUUUCUUCAUCCUUUUCCGAUACUCGCGAUUUCCAGCGAUUCGUUUGAUUUUCAAAGUUUCGAAAGAAAUUGGCGAAUUGCUUAUCGAUCUGUUUGAGAAACAGCUACGACGAAUCGUUGAAACGCUGCGAACAAACGCAUAUACGUAACUCGAACCAAGAAAAACCAUAAGAUUUGUUUUCCAUGAAGGCGGAGGAUCUGUUGUACGAAUCGCUCAAUGACUAUCUAUUUACGAUGUAAAAUCAUAGUGUACACAAUACCGUAUUAUAUAUUGUUAAAAAUAACGAGUACGUUAUAUAUAUAUAUAUAUAUAUACAUACAUAAAUAUAUAUGUAUAUGAACGAAAGGGGAAGAAAAUUUGUUCUACCGUGCUCGGGAAACGAAGAAACAAAUAGAAAAAGAAAGAUUUUGAUAGUAGUAUCAUAAUGAAAAUGAAAUUUAGAAUACGUAUGACGUACGUAAAAAUACAUAGAAAGCAAAAGAUUAAUAGAAAAAGAAGAAAUGAAAAAAAAAAAUCUACGCGACAAAAGAAUAAGAAACAGGAAAAAAUAAGAUUUUGUUAAAUCGAAGGGAGGAAAGGAACAAUUUUUAGAUCAGCUAGAGCAGCUAUUAUUAUAUAGUGAAAAAGUAAAGAAUAAAUAGACGUCCGUAAUGAAGGUGAAAUCGCAUCGUUUUUAGGGGGAAAAUCUAAGGAAAAGUAAUAUUGAGCGAGCGAGAGAUAGGGAGAGAGAGAGCGAGAGAGAAAGGAAGAGAGAGAGAGAGUGAGUGAAUGGAUAAAAACCGUAUUCAUAUUAAUACUAUACCGCUAAUUACCUAAAGUACUAUUAUACAUAAAUAUCGCCGUACGUAAAGGUAACGAUUAAGCUGAGCAUGCGAGUUUACGCACGAGAUGUACUCAUGUAAACUAUCUCCAUCCACCUUCACCCCCACCCGUCCCCUUCUUGCUCCUUCAACCUCCACGCCACCUUCCUCAGACCUCCACAUAGAGAAUAUACCUCUGCAUACCGUUAAUUGUAACGAUGUCUUAAACGUGUAACGAGCAAGAUAAACGAAAGCGAAGAAAAAAGAAUAUUACGUUUACGCGAACGACAUAGAAUAUAAAAUAUAAUAAGAUACGGUAGGAUAUACGGUUCAGUUGAUAGGAAUGGAACGUUCCAAGGAAACGGGAUACUCGGAAAAAUAUAUAGUUGCCGCUGGGUCCCAAUUAAUACUGACGCAGUUCGAUGAACACAGUCAACGAACGACGACGACGACGACGACGUUGAUAGUUAAGAGAAUCGACGAGACGCGCGUUCGAUCAUGUUAGAAUCGAAUAUUUGUUUCUUGCUUAUUUUGCUUUCCUAUAUGUUAUUUCUAUAAUUUUUGUUUCUAUUUUUUCUUCUUCCUUUCUGUUUCUUCCAACGACAAACAAUAAGUCGAACACUUUCGACGAAUUUUCUGAAAGACGAAGCUCAUAGCGCUCGCUCGAAGGAAUUUGAACGAAGAAUCGUACUUGGUUAUACUUGGAAAGUCCGUCUGCUCACGAUUCUCGUUUCUGUUCGCGUCCGACGUUAGGGCGAUCAUGUUAGACAUGUCGCGGUUUACUUCUUACGAUUUCGCCUGCGUGCGUAACGUUGUAUUAUUGCGACUCCUGGCGACACAACUAUACCUUCUUCGGAGCAGGAUCGAGGAGAAUCGACGCACGUGGCCGUAGCGACGUAGAAGCGGAGAGAACUGUGAGAAAAAUUGUCGACGCACGCAAGUCGCAUAUCGGUUCCGGUCCACGUAAUCUCAGUUACGGAAUUUAAUGGGGUAGCAAUAUAAACGCGCGACCUUGAUCGGCGUGAUACGUUGUUCGUGAUGCAUUUCGUGCUGCCGGUUUAAGGUUAUUUCUGUUCUAUAUCGACAGUUUUCGGACGGAAAGUAAUAAAAAAAGGAAGGUGUGCGAUCGCGCCUCAAUCUUCUUCGGCUCAAUGUAUACGUAAAAAGAAAUACGAAUGUGAAAAAGAAAAGGACGAAUGGAAAAGGGAACUGAAGAAAUUUAAUGGAAAGGGGAGAGAAAUUUUUUACGGGGGAAACAAAAAAAAGAACAUUAAAGAAGGGAAAAGAUGCACGUGACGCGAUCGAGUCCCGAGAAUCGGUGUAACUAUUUGUAGAAAAGCUUUACACGUGACUCUAUUUACGAAUUAUUAAUAUUAAUAUUAUUAUUAUUGAUAAUAUUAUCGACGACACUAUUUUUAUUAUUUUUAUUACUACAUAGCAUAGUUACGUUUUGUUUUGAAUGUUAAUACCGUUUGCGUGUACAGAGUCUGUUUUUUAAAACGACUUAAGUGACGCGGCUGGCCAGGAAACGUGGUUAGCGGAAGUGGCGGCGCCGAUACGUCCGACAAAUUAGGGAUAUACGUAACGCGUACUAAGUAUAAUUAAUUAUCAUUAUUAAUUAGCUGAGAAGUUUGUACAGUAAUCGCAACGAUGAGAUUCGUAGCGAUCAUGUUAUAUACGUACGUAUGUAUUAAGUCUUUAAUCGUUAGUGACUGCGGUUCGAAACGAAAGAAAAAAAAAAGAAGAAAAAAAUUAAAUGUAGCUGUGUGUGUGACGCGCAUUCACACGAGCCUCUCGCCGAGAAAGCAGUGUCGAGUGUUUCGACUAAACGAACGAACGAUUUGGGAACCUAGGCGUUUCCGCUUUCCACUCCUCUGCUCGGCUCGCUCCAUUCGGGACCCUAGUAACCGAAUUCCGUUCAUUUUACGUUUUUCCUUGAACCAUGUUGCUCGUUCAUCCUGAAAGGAUAAGUCGCGCUGAGACGUGCCUCGACUGCGUGCCGUCCUCUCGUUGUUUCUAAUUGUAAUCCCAUUGACGAACAGUUUCAAACAACCGAUCGUUCGUUGCGUGUUGCCAGUUGUUUACGUUACAUCGUUUCGUUGCAUCGUUUCCAUUGUUUUCUCUUUUAUAAGCGUUCGUGUUGAUCGUCCACAUUAUUGUCUAUUUUUCCCCCCUUCUGUUUUAAGUUUCGUUGCGAGUAUUUUUAUGUUCCCGGUGAUAUAUACUCAGUGUCGCCAAUUUGUUACGGAAAUUGACGUUGAUUUUAUGAGAUUAAUAAAACGUAGCGCGUCGCAGAAGAACGUGCCCCGCGUUCCCAAAUCAUUCGGGCAAAAACCGAAGAGGAUCAGCGCGUCAGACGUGAAUUUUUAGAGUAACAGAAGAAAAACUGUGCGGGCGCCGUCCACAUACGAAGCUUUCUCUCGGCUUAUCUUUAAGCUACCUAAUGGCAUCUACAUUGUUAUAGAAUAUUAUUCCAAAUAAUUGACGCGUAAUCAUAUCAUGUAACUUUCCUAACGCUUCCUUAUUCUCUUUCGCACCCUCCCCUAAUCUUACCUCCAUCCUUUCAUCCAUCCCUCGCCAACCUACUUCCUUAAUCAUUUACCCUUUCCUCUCCUGACAUCUAAUCGAAUUACUCGCUCUAUUCUUACCAUUAUUAUAGAUGUAUUAUAUUGAAUUAAAACUGUAUCGAUUAGGUCUAUACAUACGCAUAUAUGUAUAUAUAUACACAUAUUAUAUAUAUUACUAUAUAUGUAUUAUAUAUGUAUAUAUUUAUAUAUAUACGUGCAGAUUCACAAAAACACAAGUAACAAAAAUAAGGAAAUAACACGAACAACGUUGACAACAAAAGCAUCGCUAUUUAGUAGUACAACUUUUGCCCGACUUGCCAAACUCGCGUAAAAAGGAACAGGAAUUAUAAAGAUGACGAACCAACCACGAUCCAUCGUCGCUCUUCUGGAAUCGAUUUGACGAUUCGAUAAAUGAUGAAAUGGAAUACGUGCGUGUCGCGUGGUGCUCUCGAGAGUGUUGGAAGAUCAAAGAAAAAAUUAAAGGAAAAGAGGAAAUUUGAUGCGUGCACGCGCGUACAUGAACACUUCUCUAAUCCGAAUUAAGGAAAUUGUGUGAAACGGAAACACUGUGGAGUGUGGCUCGAGCGUUGGUCGAAACGGUGUCACAGCGUUCUGAAGCGCAGAAGAGAGAAUGGAAGAGAAAAAGGGGAUGUGAGUGUCCUUCGAACGGAGGACGACCUAUGUCUGCGUAAAUGAGAAAAAGAGAAUAAUUAAUCGGAAGCGUGUGAAUGAGAGAAAUAGAAUGAAAGGGAAUAUUCGCGUGAAUUGUACUAUGUACGUGUAGACGUUGGGCAACGUGGCAUAUUUCACAGAAAUCUAAAUUUUCAACUAUUAUCGAAUAUAUGCGUACUGAUUGGUAUUGAAAAAGGAUGGAAUUAUUUAAAAGGACACGACAUCGGAGUCCGUUUGACAGGAUGCAGAUAGAAUUAAAAAUAUGAAAAGAUGAGAAUAAAACGAUGGAAUAAUUUGUUAUAUUUUCUUUAUUACGUACUAAAUCUGAUUGUUUAUUUAUGAGCUGUUUAUUUUACAUGUUUUUUGUAGUUUUGUUUUUGUUAAAUGCGAAGCGAAAAUGUAAGAGUGUGAUUGAGACUAUUGCCGAGUUUUAUUUUCUUCUUUUUUUCUUUUUUUUUUUUCUUUUAAUCAUACAAUUAAUGCUAUUAUCGUUUUUUGUACGUUUCCGAGAUUAUGUACAGAUAUUUAUAAAAACGUUGCGACUUCGAAAGACGUCGAUUUCGUCUCGUAAUCAGCAGAGAGCACUUUCGCGAUAGACCAUCAGAGUGAGAUCUCCGUGCCAUAAAAAUGCGCGACCAUGAUACGAAACGAUUCGAUGGUCUUUCGAAAACAAAAGGAAAAGAAUAAGCAAGAACGAUUUGAACGAAAAAAUGCAUCUAAUUGUAAUAUAUUAUCUCUAUAUAAGUUUCUCUUUUUACUGUGUUCGUUAGAGAAUCUUACGAUCGAUUUGCGUGUGUUACGCAACACCGCUACGCACAUAGACUCGGAAUUAGAUGUAAGCACUUUUUUCCGGAGACUUAAGUAAAAUUUUCAUUAAAAUGUAAAACAUCGUAGUUGUGCACGCAAACAUAAUGAUUCCUUGGCUUCCAUUGCUUACAACUAGUUCCGGAAGUCGAUAGGCUGGACGAACGUGUCGGUGGUCUACACUCUAAGUGUUGUUUCUAUUAUUGGCAGCUGUCCCAUUUUUCGCGCGUGCGUUGAAUAUUGUUACCUUUAACGAGGAUUUUUUUAUGGUAGUUCUAUGCUCACGAGUGUACAACAUCGUGUGUAUCCUGCCGGUUAGUUUCUUAGCGGGUCGAUGAUGCCUCGAGAAUUUCACGUUCGAACAGAGAGGAAGGGGUAGCUGUCUCAUCGACUAUUCGCGCGUUUUCGCGUUGCGCGCGAGAACGCGAAAUUUCCCUCUCCCCUUUUAUCUCUUCCCAGUAAAACGAUCGUGCGAUUCUCGAACUUCCGUUUUAUUAAGUUCUUCGUCCUUAUAAAUAAUUUUCCUCGGCUAUAUAUUGUCCUGCGCCGUUACACGGUUACUUAAAUAUUGUUUAUUGUUUCGAGAAUUAAGUAUAAUAUACGCGAGUGAUGGUUAUUCUUAGAAAGUAAGUCGAAGACGAGCCGAAAAACGGAGGAAAAAAAGAACGUAAUUAGAAAAGUAAGAGCCACGUAGCCGGGUUUGUGCACAUGUCGCAUUCUUUAACUCUCGAGUCGCCAAUGACAGUGGGAUUUUCAUAUCGAAAGUUUCUCUUUCGAGUGUUCGAUGCUUCGACGCGAUGUACUGUGAUCGUUAUUGUUUUCUCUGCGCAAAAACAGAAGUCAUUGUUCCUCGUUUUUUUCUUUUCUCUUUUUUUUUUUUCUUUUUUUUUAUCGUACAACAGUUCGACAUCCAAUUUCUUCUCACGGUACUGUUGUAGUUCAACUCGUGAACCAUUCGUCGGAAGAACCGUGCACACACGUUUUCAAAUCUCUCCACAGACAUACACACGAACACGUAUACGUACGAUAUACAAGUGUUUACACAUCCUCACCGUGCAAAUUCACAUACGUAACGUACACAUACUCACACAUGUACCAUUCGAACGUAAAAAGAAAAAAAAAAAAAAAGAAAAAAGGCAACAUACGAAAAAAAAUAUCAGAAAACCGAGAAUAUUUAGGUCUUAUAAUUAUCGUCUUGCUGUACCUACGUUAAAUGAAUGGAAAGCCGUGUAUUACUUCAAGAGUUUCUUCGAUGUAAAUAUUAACACUACGUAACGUUAACGUUGCUCAGUGAGCGAGGGACCGCGACGAUCGAUCGAUCGAGUAUAAUUGAUCGAGAGGCGACUUUGUUGAUCGCUCGCUCGAUUGAUUGGUUGGUCGUGGAGAGAGUCGCGGUUCCUCGCGUGCCGCUGGAUGAUACCUAAUUAAUGUAAUGCUAGAACGAUAAGAGAGCGUAGCUGUCCUUCAAUACCUACCUACCACGUUAAGAGUAAUAAAAGUAACGGAAUAAUGGAGUCUCGUGUCUACUGACUAUUUCAAGAAUUAGUAUUAUACCGUACGAUGAAAAAGGUGACGACGACGAGGGUGGCGAUUGACGAUGACAUUGACAGGCGAAAAGUUAAUCCAUUGACAAUGAAUGUAAAUGUAUCCAUUUUCGAAACUUGAUGUAGAAUUAUACUCAUAAGCUAUAUCUAUGAUAUACAAACGAAAUAAAAGCGUAUAGUAAAUUA